UUCAUUUUCAACUUUCUUCCAUAGCAACGAGAGAGAACACGUCAUGGCUGGCCCAUUGGCCAAAGGCUUGCCAGUACCAGUUCUCGGGCAAGAGAGAGACAAUCCAGAUAAAGAUUUUGUUUUCUUGACGGUGAACCACCCAGAAGACGUGAAGAGUCGCAAGAACCAACGCUCAAUUCGGAGUCGCGUUAUGAGGGACAUUGGCCGAUCACGCCGUACUCGCAAAAAAUGCCCUGUACAAGUGAUAUUCUCUUUGCAGGAAACCACAUUGGCCUAUGAUAGACUCACACUUACGAUACAUGACGAGUGCAUCCCCAACUCAUUAGCCUCAUGGCCAUUUCCUGUGGAGUUGGAUUGGCGGUCCAGGGAAUUAGUUCAUUUCAUGAACUCAGAAUCUGAUUAUGUGUAUCGCCCCUUUCGGACAGUAUGGUUUUCCAUGGCAUUGACCGAUGCUGGCGCUUUUAAGCUAGCCAUGGCAAAUGCAUCAAUGUUUCUGGCUCAAAGCAAAGAUCCAGAGAAAUUCCGGUAUGAGAAUUGCUCAGAGACAUUGGAAUAUUAUGGACAGUGCUUGCGUCUCGUUAUCAAGCAGCUUGAGGAUCCAGAUGAUUGCCUCGGCGAGGGGGUUAUCAACGCUAUUUUGGGAUUGAUAUGCCACGAUUUAUAUGUUGGAACCUGGGAUAGAUGGACAGCGCAUAUCACCGGUCUUCGUCUUAUUUAUAAACGUCGUGGAGGCUUUCAAUGCCUACAUCCCAAUCUGUCUUUAUUCGCGUCUUGGUUUGACGUCUUGGGAUGUGCCAUUUAUGACAAGAGGCCCUACUUCUCAACCGAUAUAUCUCAUCCCGAACCAGUACUAACAGAGAUUAAGCCAUUGUUACUACAGAAUAUGAAAGAGCUCGUCCAAACUUCUGCGGAGCUGAUACCUGUUGCAAAUGCAUUGGAGCGUAUUGCCUCACUAGCCCAAUUCAUAAAUGUCAACUCCGCGGAUCCUAAUUUCUGGAGUAAAGAAGAUGACAUGGAUCCCCUGCGUCUAAUGGGACCGAUUUUACACAUUUUACUCUCCAUGCCGCGCUUGGAGACAGACAUCCAAAAUAUUGAUUCCAUAUCCUAUUUGCGAGAGAUGACAAGAUUGGCGAUGCUCAUAAUUAUGGCAAUUGUGAAAAGGGCAUAUUCGUUUUCAUUCAACGAGUUGGGCCUAUUGGACAAAAAGUUCUCAUAUUUAUUAUCCACAUAUUCUACCUUAUUCGAAACUUUCUUUCAGGAUAUUCAGUUGUGGUCUAUCUUGACCAUAGUGGCUCUGCUACCACAAUCGAAAAACCGCAAUUUAUAUAUAACACAGGCCCGGAGACAAAUGAGUUUGCUGGGUAUAAUCUCAGCAAAUACAGCACUGGAAAAGGCCAGGGGAAUGAUCUGGAUUGACGCCAUAGCUGGAGCUACGUUGGAUCAAUCCCUUUCUCAUGAGAUCGACGCAAGGAUCGUGACUGAUAUCCUCAGCCUCCGGUGAUUCCUCCACUGACACUAAUAACCUGCCCAGUUACCCACCUACUCUUCUCAGAGCAGAUUAAUAACACUGCAUCCGCAAUAUCGUCAACUGUUCCGACUCUCUCCUCCGCCUUAGUCAUGGGGACUAGAGCACUGUGUAUCCUGUCUGAAACCGCUUUCGGUAGCGCGUCUGUAUCGACAGGACCCGGCAUUACGGUGUUGAUAGUCACUGCAUACCCACGGCCUAACUCCAUGGCCAUUGAGA